AUGCUUAGUGGUAAUAAUAAUGUUACACUAUCCUCACAAUUUACAGAGAUACAUGUUUUAUUUCUAUUCAUUGAAUUAAUUCUUUUCGCAACAUCGUUGGUUGUGAUGGUCACGUUAUAUGUUAAUCUAUCAGCAUCAACCGCUGGGUCUGCUGCUGUUCUUCCGGCACAAUGUUUCACUUAUACAACCGAUUCCGAUUCAACACGUCUUUAUACUCAUGCAUCAUCUUGUUGUGGAGCGGAUAACAGUCUGGCAGCCGGAUGGUAUCGAUUUACAGGCGGUGGUACACGACUCGUUACAACACAGCUGAGUACAGCCAGCAUCUGUGGUACCUCUUAUCCAGGCUGGUGGAAUGGUACCUUACCAAUGACGACAGGUGCAACUACCGUGGGAAAUGUUUGUUUUUAUACUGGUGACUCAUGUAGCAACUCACUUUCACCAAUAAUUGCGACGAAUUGCGGUAGUUAUUAUGUUUUUUACUUAGUACCAGCCCCAUGCUGUUUGUCGUAUCGUUACUGUACAACGCCUUAA